AAAUCGCGAUUUAAACGUCGACUUUCACUUGUUUGAAUUUUCUCCGACGACUUUUGGUCAUUUGGACGCCGCGCGGCCGGUGCGUGCGUGACAGGUCGAAGAGCGCGGACGGACGUCGCGCACAAAAGAGGCGGAGAAGAAGAAGUUUUAGCGCCAAGUUAAAUCGCCUCCUCCCUGUUUGACGCGCCAGUCAUCUGGUCCGCGUCGAGCCCGCUCACAGCGACCCGCCGCCCGGCCUGCUGGCUCACGGUCACACGGCAUUCUCACUUAUCGAUCGUCUGCGCAACCCACCGAUCGAUCCACCGAUCGAUCGAUCGAUUGAUUGGGAAGACGGCUGAGCUUCAAGAGCAGCGUCUUGAGGUUUGCUCCCCGGCCUUGUGAGUAGAAUGCUUGGAAGUCGGGAAGAAACAGAAGCCAAGUCUGUUGUUCCCGAGGUGGCCAACUUGAAGGUAGCGAGGCCGAGGAAGAGGAAGGCAGAUGUUGCCAUUUACUUACACGACGUGGACGAGGACGGCGCGGAGACGACCAAGAAGAAGAAGCUGUGCGACUCGGAGGCCGCCUGGAGCUCGGAGGGCAUCCACACGAGUCCGCAGCGUUGGACGUCCGCUCUGGAGCAGAAUGACGAGCGGCGGAUCACGCUGAUCAACGCCGGCUUCCCUCACUACGACUUCAACAACGUCUUGGCUACGCCCGUGCACUGCGCUCCGCUUCCCGCGCUCUGCUGGGCGAGCAAGGAUGUGGUGUGGACCAACAUGCUGGCCAAGGACAAGACGUACGUGCGGGACGUCAAAAUGAUGGACAAACAUCCUCACCUUCAGCCCAAAAUGAGGGCUGUUCUUCUGGACUGGCUCAUGGAGGUGAGCGAGGUCUACAAGCUCCAUCGUGAGACGUACCACCUGGCUCAGGACUACUUUGACCGCUUCAUGGCCACGCAGAACAACGUCUUCAAGUCCACCUUGCAGCUCAUCGGCAUCACCUGCCUCUUCAUUGCCGCCAAAGUGGAGGAGAUGUACCCGCCCAAAGUGCACCAGUUUGCCUACGUGACGGAUGAAGCCUGCACGGAAGACGAGAUCCUCAGCAUGGAAGUCAUCAUCAUGAAGGAGCUGAAGUGGAGUCUGAGCCCGCAGACGCCCGUCUCCUGGCUCAGCGUCUACAUGCAGGUGGCCUACCUGAAGGAGGCGGACCAGCUGCUCAUUCCCAGAUACCCCCAGGCCACCUUCACGCACAUCGCAGAGCUGCUCGACCUUUGCCUCCUGGACGUGCGCUGCCUGGAGUUCCCCAACGGCGUCCUCGCCGCGUCCGCGUUAUUCCACUUCUCAUCCCUGGAGCUGGUGGAGAACGUGUCGGGCUUGAAGAGGGCGGAGCUAGAUGAGUGCGUCAGGUGGAUGGUGCCCUUCGCCAUGGCGCUGCGGGAGAUGGGUGGCACCCCUAUGAAGACGUUUGCGGGCGUGGCUGCAGACGACGCUCACAACAUCCAGACACACGCCCCCUACCUAACGUGGCUGGAGGAAGUGUCCCGCCACGAGGACGCUGACGUGGACUGUCACAGCGGCUGCCGGCUGCCGUCCGGUGUCCUAACUCCGCCCCUCAGCAGCGAGAAAGCUGAGGAGUCGCUCCGUGUCGACGUGGCCUCGCCACACGUGCGAUCCAGGAUGCGCUCGCCCGCCCCGCACGGCCAUUCUGAUUGGACGGUGGCACCGUAGACCUGUGGGAGAGCGGGGGUGCAAAGGAAAUUUUUAAUUUUUUUUACUUUUGGAGUCAGCUGCCAGUCACAUGACCUUUUUUAUUUGAUUUCCUGCGUGGACAACUUGACCUACCUGAGAGUUUCUUUGGUGCUUUUUUUUUUAUUGGCCCACAGGCUGUUCCUGGAGUCAUGUGACUCUCUGCUGCUACACAGCUGGGCCUGGCAUCAUGGCAGGACGUGCGUAUGUGUGUGUGUGUGAUUGUGAGAGAUGAUUUUAAAAUGGGAGGGACCAGUAGCUUGGCUACCAAACUAACGAGCCAAUCAGCUGAGCUUGAGAAGUUCAGUGAUUGACGGCAGGGAUGCUCUGAUCUGGUUUUAUGCUGCCGAUUCUGAUAUCGAUCAUUAUUGAUCAUCCAGGGCGGAAGUGAUGAGUUCUGUUGGUCCGGAUGUUUCUAAAGUCCUUUUGACCACCAGAUCAUUAAUAAGGGGGGGGGGGGGCAGUGUGACUUUCAGGCUAGGUGGUAGCGUUAGCUUCCACAAGUGAUGCUUUUGGUCGGCCGAUGCUGGGAAGACGCCACGCCCACCAAAGGCUUGCUGCAGGCCGCAGUCGUGCCUUUCGUCCCGUAUUGAUCAGUGGCCGAUCUAUCGGAGCAUCCCUCAUUGAUUGUAUUUCACUUUUAGUCCCCGCCGCUCGCCUCACCCCCCCAAAACCAACCUGACCCCUCCCAUUCCCAAAAUGUCGGUGUGACUUCUUAAAGUAAAAUGCUGCUACGUAUUUUUCAUUAAAGACUUUUUGUAAAGACGCUA